AAUCCAUAGCCUUGGCUGGUGACAUUUCAAAAAUGUACAAUGCGAUAAGACUUUCGCCGUUAGAUCAGCACACACACCGAUUUGUGUGGAGAAAUUUAGAAACACACAGAGAUCCAGAUCACUUUGCAUUGUUAACAGUUACUUUUGGCGACAGACCGAGUGGAGCGAUUUCGACACUUGCAUUACAUCAAACAGCAAAAAUGUAUCAACACAUCUACCCAGAUGCAUCAAAAAUGGUGAUAAGAAACAGUUAUGUAGAUGAUAUAUUACAGUCAGUUGAAAGUGUAGAUAAUGCUCGUUUGAUAACCCAGCAGACCGAGAAAAUGCUGGCAUGUGGAGGUUUCCGCAUUAAACAUUGGAUUAUAUCUGGAAAUGAAAAAUGCGGCAGUACAUUACAAUCCCAAGAUAGUGGUGAAUCCGUGGAGGUUGAUUUAGAUGAAUUUGCACAUGAAAAAAUUCUCGGAAUGAGGUGGGAUCCAAAACAAGACUUGUUUGAUUUCAAGGUGAAGAUUAAUUUUUCUCCUAAGUACAAGAAUGUUCGGAAAGGAGAAAAUAUAACGAAAUCACAGAUUGAAAGUAGCGUACCUACAUCAUUAACUCCUCGAAUGGUACUCAGCCAAGUUGCUAGUGUAUAUGAUCCGUUAGGACUUGCUACUCCGUAUACUUUAGCGGCUAAAGUUCUCAUGCGAAAGCUAUGCAUAUAAAACAAUACGAAUGACAAGGUCUAGUCAAUUCUCGAUGGGAUUAUGCCAUGUCAGCAGAAUCACGAUUAGAAUGGAUGGAUUUUUUCAAAGAGCUUUUCGACAUAGAACAGUUGAAAUUUCACAGAUGUUUAAAACCCGAUAAUGCUGUUGGGAAUCCCAUGCUAGUCAUAUUUUUGGAUGGAAGUAAAUUAGCUUAUGGAACAUGUGCAUAUGUCAGAUGGGAAACAGCACACGGAGGAUUUGAAUCACGAUUAGUGAUAGCAAAGAACCGUAUAGCACAAACUAAACAGAUGUCUGUUCCAAGACUGAAAUUAUGUGGAGCUGUAUUGGCAGCUAGAAUUAGACAAAAGUUAGUCGAGGAGAUGGAUUACAAAUUUAGUCGUGUUAUACACAUAGUCGAUUCGAUGAUUGUUAGGGCACAAAUUCAACGAGAGAGUUAUGGAUUCGGCACAUUUGUUGCUACAAGGGUAGCAGAAAUUCAAAAUAAGACUGAACCAUCCGAUUGGUAGUGGAUGCCAAGUGAAUUCAAUGCAGCGGACCUCGCGACAAGGAUUACAUCUAAUGAUUUGGUUAAGAACUCAAUAUGGAAAAAUGGACCUAAAUUUUUGAAUGAUCCAAUAGACAAGUGGCCUUUAAGGCAAGAUUGUAAUUUAGGUAAUGACGAGUUACCCGACACGAUAGGUAUUGUUAUGCCAUCUGACAUCAAGAAGAUGACUAAUACAAUGUCUGGUUUGGAUUUUGAAGAUGUUAAACUGGAAAACAUUUCUUCAUAUUCAAAACUUUUGCGAGAAACAUGCAUACUGAUGCGUACCGUCACUACGAAAUCAUUCAAAGGUGCUUCAAUUGGUAUAACUGCCGAAAGUCAAAAUGCUGCAGCACUUAAAUGGAUUAGAUAUUUACAAAGAGACAUUUCGGAUGAUUGGACAAAGACCUUUCGAAGACUAUCUCCAGAAAAGAAUGAGGCGGGUAUAGUUGUUGUUGGUAAAAGAUUAGCUGAUUGGCUGAAAGCUACUUGGAACAGAACUGAUUUAAUGCUGUUACCUAAUAAAAGGCAUUAUGUGUGGUUAUAUUUAAAGUCAGUACAUGAUCAGGAUCACGCAGGAGUAGAUGUAACAUUAGCUAAAGUGAGAAGCAAAUUCUGGAUACCAAAGGUGCGCAAAUCCAUUUCAAUGAUUAGGAAAAAGUGCGUUAUAUGUCGAAGGCGAGAUAACAAAUGUAUUGGACAACAAAUGGGACCAUUACCUUUGGAACGACUUCAACCGUCACCAGCGUUUUCGUACUGUUCAGUUGACCUCUUUGGACCUCUUACAAUCAAGGAUACCAUUAAGGGGCGCACUCAUGGAAAAGCAUAUGGCGUACUGUUCAAUUGCAUGAACAGUAGAGCUGUGUAUGUGGAUCUCGCUGAUGGAUACGAUACUAGUAGUUUUAUUAUGGUUUUACGACGAUUCACAUCUGUAAGAGGAUAUCCUAAGAAAAUAAGGUCGGAUCUUGGAUCACAACUAGUAUCAGCUAGUAAGGAACUAAAGGAAGUGAUACACAAUUGGCAUUGGGAUACGAUCAAAAUGUUUGGGAACGGUAAUGGCAUGGAAUGGGAAUUCACGAAAGCAGCUGACGCUCCUUGGGAAAAUGGAUGCAGUGAAGCAUUGAUUAAAUCUGUCAAGAAAAGUUUGAGUCUUGCCAUUGGACAGUCAAUCAUGACAUUUUCUGAACAACAAACCGUGUUAUUUGAAGUAGCCAACAUUUUGAAUGAGCGACCUAUAGGAACUUCAACGUCUGAUCCGAACGAGGGAACUUACUUAUGUCCGAAUGAUCUUAUUCUUGGAAGAGCAUCUUCGAAUGUGCCAGUAGGACAUUGGGAUGAAUCAGACAAUUUCAAAAAACGUUGGAAAUUCGUGCAACAAGUAGUUAAUACAUUUUGGAGAAAAUGGCACAGAGAUUAUUUUCCAUCGCUAAUUAUUAGGCAAAAAUGGCAUAUCAGUAAGCGGAACCUUCAAGUUUUGGACCUUGUUCUUGUACAGGACAAUAAUUCAUUUCGUAGUAAUUGGAAAUUAGGACAAAUAGUUGAAGCAAAGUCAAGUAGAGAUGGUGUGACAAGGGAUGUAACCGUUCGAUACAAGAACAUUGGACCUGGAACUAAAUACACCGGAACUCAGGACUUAUUGAUCCGAAGAUCUGCAUACAGAAUUGUAGUGUUGCUUCCAGUUGAAGAACAAAUUAGUAACAAAUGAGAUGUAACUUCACAGAAACUUUAUGGCGGGGAAUGUAUCGGAUCGAUACACAUUAUAACUUUGAUUGAUAAUUAAUUUUGGAUUGUAUGGCGAUUAUUUUAAUCUGAUAACAUUUCCGAUAUUAGUAUUGAUUUUAUGACGGAUUUAUCCUGAACUGAUGAUGUGAUAAAGUACAGUAUACGUUAAAGAAGUGGUAUUCCAAAUAAUGGAGGUAUUAUUAUGAGUAGAAAAGUACAGUAUACAGACUCGUUACUUUCCCCUUUCUCGAUUAACCCUGGAAUGGUUUUUGAACUUGUUUUGUUCUUCCUGGAAAACCAACAAGUUAAUAGCAAAUGAUUGAUAUGAAAUAGGCCGUCAAUGCGUUGAAACAUCAUUUACAAUAAAAAGUUACAGCCUUUGACGAAUUAUCUUCAUACAGUACACAGUUUGAAUUUGACGUCGAACAAUUCAAGAACACUGACCAUAUGUCUGUCAAUGGCAGAAAAAUAGAUUUCAGUGAGUUGAGAGCAAUAUCGGCCAUUUUAACUAGAAUUGUGAUCUGCAAAGAUGUAUUUUCUUAAUUCAGUGUAGUAAACAGUCACGUAUAAAAUGUACAGAUUACUCGUAAUGAUGAUAAGUUUUUUGCUAUAUCAAUGAAAGAUAAAACUACAUAAAAAAAAAAAUGUAAGUUCUAAUUCUAAUAACAUCUUAAUACAGAAUCCGUGUAAAAUGUUUUGAUUGCUAUUUUAAGUGACCUAAGAUGAAUUUGGCUAUAUACAGUACCCAAACGUUUUUGCGUAUUUAAAUAAUCCAAGGUGGCUUUGAAAAUAUGGGUUUCAGGGUUCCUUAUGAAGUUAAAAUUAGAAAAAAAACUUCGGACACGGUCGAUAUCGUUGCUAGUAAACUUGUUAGACCCAGGGACUAUCAUCAGAUCAAUUGUCAGUUCUUCUGUACUGAGAUCAUUUACACUAUAUAUUGUUGGUUUUAUUAUCGUUUGAAAUUUGUGGCCAUGUCGUUAUGUGAUUUAUUUAACUUUUGAUUUUCAAUUGCCCCAUUCAUACUCUUGAUAUCUUCUUUCCCCUGAUCCACUACCGUUUAAGGCUUGGAAUUAUCCGCUUAUUCUAUAUGCCUAACCCAACUAGAGAUGCCUAUAAUCUAGGGGUUGUGGGUUCAUGCAUGCAAUAAUUAUUUUUCGGUUAUUGUUCCACUUGUUGUAUUUCUCUUCUAAUUAUGAUUUGUUAUAAUUGUUUUUAUUCUAGGGCCUUUGUUCGCUAACUAUACGGUUUACGUUUUGCUCAGUGUUGGAGGUCAUAUGGUGAUUUGUAGUUGUUCACAUCUUGGUUUAUAAGCUCUAAAUGGAAAGUAGUCUCCUACCGUUUUAAGCUUUAAAGGCCUCGGGAAGACAAGUUGUGACUAGUCAAAAAUGCAAACAAACGGUCUGGUGUAUACUUAAACAAUACACGGAAAAUAUCUACGACAUACAGCAUUCAACGAAAAACACUGGAUAAGCUCGUGUUUAUGUUUUAUAGAACCCUGGCUUAACAAAUCUUUAGGUUUUAGCGUUCUUGAUCAAGGUAAAUCAUGAAAAGAUUGAGUGUUAAUUUCAUUCAUAGGUAAAUCACCAAUAUGCUGUAUAUUAAAUUCAUGUUAUUUACAUGCAACAGAUACAAGAACUGAAAUUGAUGAACAUUGUGUAAUAAUAAAGAUUGAAAGAUUGAAUGUAAUACGCACAUACAUUUGUAUCUCUGUUACUGUACACAUGAUGACAACACAAAAUUCUAGUUUCUUUUUUUUUUUAAUCUUUCGUAGAAUAAAAAAGAAAACAAUGCAUGAAAAAAU